AACCAUGCUGGAUCAACCCUCUCAUCCAUCAUCCAUCAUUCAUCAGCACAAUGGCCACAAAACCUGCCGGAUACCCCGCUGAAUUCAUCGACUAUCGUGCCAAACGGGCUAAGACACUCAUUCGCGAUGACGUCUCUGUGGAGCUCAAUACUAUUAUCGAGAACCUCAAGACGUCCGCGAAGUCCCAAAACCUCGAAAGCUUGGCCACAUAUGCGAAGCCCCAGGCCCCCGAAAGCCUGAGCUCACUUGUGCCAGGAAACUUUUUAUCAGAGCCGGUGGACCCCCACGAUCUCCCGAUCGAUCCAGAUCUCGACAAGAGAAAGAAGGGCGAGCUUAAGACGGAACCGCUCGAAAAACCUUAUAAGCUGUGUAUUAUCGGAGCGGGCAUAACGGGUUUGUACAUUGCUCUCAUCCUCGAUAGUCUCAAAAUCAAGAAUGUAUCCUACACUAUCCUCGAGAGGGGCGAACGUGUUGGAGGGCGCGUCUACACCCAGAAAUUUUCCGAUAAGGAACACGAUUACUACGACAUCGGGGCCAUGAGGUUUCCGAAUAUCCCCAUCAUGAAGCGCACAUUUGAGCUGUUCAAGAAGAUGAAGGUUCCUCAGCGAGAGUACUUUCUCCAAGGAAAAGGAUGCCCCCAACGCUUCAACGACUAUACCAUCAUCCCCGACCCAAACAAUCCUAACAAGCCGACUGACCCGUUCCGUGUCAGCGUGACAAACAAGGGAAACGUGCCGAAUGAUGUUGUGGAUAGGGUUGAUGAGAUCCUGAAUGGGAAAAAGGGGGGGAAUGAAGGUGUUUUCGAACCGUACAAAAAGGCGUUGAAAGCAGAUUGGAAAGAAGGCUUGAAAUUGCUGCAGACGGUUGAUGAGUACAGUACCCGUGAAUAUUUGAAGCAACGGGGCAAAAGCCUCAAACCGCCUGCAGGAUACGACUUGGCCUCGAUCCAGUGGAUGGAGACGAUGAACACUUCGAGUGGUCUGUUUGACCAGGGCUUUAGCGAGAGUGUAUUUGACGCGCUCGACUUUGACUAUGGCGAUGAAGAUGGAAAAAAUCGUGGAGAUAAUGAUAUCAAAUAUAGCUGGGUAUGCAUCGAGGGGGGAACCUCACUUCUGACGGACAAGAUGAAAAAAGAGAUCGGCGAGGGGAAGAUUCAACUGAAUAAACGAGUUGAUGCCAUCUCACUGGACCGUCACGCCGAAGAUAAAGUGAACAAUGUCUUCGUCCGGUGCAGCGACGACCCAAAAAAGACCACGGGGUAUGCCACCGUCUUCAACACGACUCCGCUGGGCUGUCUGCAACGCAUGGACCUGACCGGGUUGGAGCUGGACCAUGUGCAAAAGGACGCAAUCCGAUGUCUGCACUACGAUCAUUCAGUCAAGGUGGCCAUCAAGUUCAAGACCCCCUGGUGGAGGACCAAGUGCGGGAUUACCGAGGGAGGCAUCGCCUCAACCGACCUGCCCUUGCGCACCUGUGUCUAUCCAUCGUACAAUAUCAAGGAUGACCCCACCUCGUCCGCCGUCCUGCUUGUCUCGUACACCUGGGCCCAGGAUGCCUCGCGCAUUGCUGCCCUCGUCCGCAACGAAGACGGUGUACAGAAAAAGGUCGAUUCCGAACUGAUGCAGUUAAUCCUGUACAACCUCUUGCAGCUGCACCGCAAUGAUAAAAUAACUUCCAUCGAUGAUCUGCGAGCCGAAUACGACUCCCACCACGCCUUUUCCUGGGCUGACGAUCCGAGCGCCACGGGGGCGUUUGCCUUGUUUGGACCGGGCCAGUUCAAGCAGUAUUACUCGCAUCUCACUCGGCCAGCGGCAGAUUGCAAAUUCCACAUGGCGGGGGAGGCGUCGAGUACGCACCAUGCGUGGAUUGUAGGGUCAUUGGAGAGUGCGUACCGGAGUGUGUAUUACUUUUUGCGCAAGUAUAAGCAGUGGGACGCUAUUGAAGCUCUGAAAAAGAAAUGGGACAAGAUUCCUGAGUUGGAAAUGGAAGAGGAUGGAACGGCUCAUUUGCAGAUGUUUCUGGGAAGUCUGAAAGAAGAGGAUCAAGCGGUUUAGCUUUCUUGUAAAGCGUCAUCUUUGUGGUGUUUCCAGAUUAGCAUACCAGAUGGCUUGAUACAAUGAUAUUAGCUCAUG